AUGCCAGCGCCCAAUCGUGAAAUGAAUGACGCAUUUAAUCGAGAAUUGGAACGGGAACGUGAAUAUGAUCACCAGGAAUUAGAUUUAGUAGUUCAAAAGAAUGUACCCCUGUUGAAUUCCCAACAAAAGGAAGUUUUUGAUACUUUAAUGAAGGCAAUCGAUGAUGGAAAUGGUGGUUUAUAUUUCCUAGAUGCCCCUGUUGGAACAGGUAAGACAUUCCUCAUGUCAGUAGUUUUAGCCACUGUUCGUGCGAGAUCCAACAUAGCGGUUGCAUUUGCUUCUUCUGGAAUAGCAGCCACAUUGUUAGAAGGAUGCCGUACGGCCAUUCAGCAUUAA